AUGGUUCAAGAGAAUUUAAUGAUGAGGAUAUAUCCUCCUGCUAAAAGUACUUUCCCUGGUGCUGAAACAGCAAUAGGCUGUCUGGAAGUUAAAAUUGUCAUCCAUGCUUUUGCUCCGUUCUCUGGAAGAAAAGCUGAAAAACUUGCUAGAGACAAACAGGAAUUGGACCAAAAGAAACUUCACGUCCUUCUUGUUGAUAGAACUCCAACUGAGCCACCUCCUGUAAUUGUUGCUGUAGUAGGACCUCUACAG